AUGCCAAAACAAGAAUUGAAAUCGACUCUUAAACGCGUAUCUCAUGCUAUUUUUAAUCGUGGUGGUAUUAUCAGAAAUAUUGAAAAUUUAGGAUUUCGGGCGAUGCCAUAUAAAACUAGUGCUCACGGUUUGGUUCAUCGCGAAGCAAAUUAUUUUGUUUUUAAAAUAGAUACAGCAACUCAAGCUGUUGCAGACCUUAAAGAAGAAUACAGUAGAGAUGUGGAUAUAAUAAGACAGCGGGUGUUUAAAGUCCAAAAUGAUGGUGAUCAUUCAUGUACGUUAGAAGAGGAGAUGCUACCGCCGGCAUAUCGCGAGGAAGUACAAAAGAUGAUAGAAGUAGGAAAAACUCAAAUAAAUCGCUUUACGCACAAAUUCAAAUAUAACUCGGGAUUAGAUUAUUAUCCUUUCCAAAAAUAA